GCCUGCCAAAGCUCAGAAUAACCCGGAGAACUGGACAGCAGGAUGGCCGGGAUGCUGCUCUCCCUGCUUCUCUUGGGGCUUCUUGGUACAGUGUCGGGGAAGAACGAGGAGGAGAACCUUUACCACCACCUCUUCGACAACUACGACCCUGAAUGCCGGCCUGUGAAGACGCCGGAGGACACGGUGUCCAUCACUCUCAAGGUCACCCUGACCAACCUCAUCUCACUGAACGAGAAGGAGGAGACUCUCACCACCAGUGUCUGGAUUGGAAUCGACUGGCAGGAUUACCGGCUCAACUACAGCAAGGAAGACUUCGGGGGCAUAGAAACGCUGCGGGUCCCUUCUGAACUCGUAUGGCUGCCAGAGAUUGUGCUGGAAAAUAAUAUCGAUGGCCAGUUCGGCGUGGCCUAUGAGUGCAAUGUGCUGAUCUCGGAGGGAGGCUACGUGAGCUGGCUGCCUCCGGCCAUCUACCGCAGCACGUGCGCCGUGGAAGUCACCUACUUCCCCUUCGACUGGCAGAACUGCUCGCUCAUUUUCCGCUCUCAGACCUACAAUGCCCAAGAGGUGGAGUUCAUAUUUGCUGUGGACGACAACGGCGACACUAUCGACAAGAUUGAAAUCGACACCGAGGCCUUUACUGAGAACGGGGAAUGGGCCAUCGACUUCUGCCCUGGGGUGAUCCGCCGCCACCAAGGAGACUCGGCUGACAGCCAGGGGGAAACUGACAUCAUGUACUCCCUUAUCAUCCGCCGGAAGCCGCUCUUUUACAUCAUUAACAUCAUCGUUCCUUGUGUGCUCAUUUCGGGCCUUGUGCUGUUGGCCUACUUCCUGCCGGCGCAGGCUGGCGGCCAGAAGUGCACCGUUUCUAUCAACGUCCUGCUCGCCCAGACUGUCUUCUUGUUCCUAAUUGCCCAGAAAAUCCCAGAGACGUCUCUGAGCGUGCCGCUACUAGGCAGGUAUCUGAUUUUCGUCAUGGUGGUCGCUACGCUCAUUGUCAUGAAUUGCGUCAUUGUGCUCAACGUCUCUUUGCGGACGCCCACGACUCACGCUUCGUCCCCACGGCUGCGCCACGUGUUGCUGGAGCUGCUGCCCCGGCUCCUGGGCUCCGGGCCGCCCUCCCAGGCUCAGGGUGCCACUGCGUCGCCCACCAGGCGGGCCUCGUCCGUGGGUUUACUGCUUCGCGCGGAGGAGCUGAUCUUGAAGAAGCCGCGGAGCGAGCUGGUGUUUGAGGGGCAGCGUCACCGGCACGGGGCCCGGGCUGCCGCCCUCUGCCAGAGCCUGGGCGCCGCAGCCCCCGAGAUCCGGUGCUGUGUGGACGCUGUGAACUUCGUGGCCGAGAGCACACGGGAUCAGGAGGCCGCAGGCGAGGAGAUGUCUGACUGGGUGCGCAUGGGAAAGGCGCUGGACAAUGUCUGCUUCUGGGCUGCUCUGGUGCUCUUCAGCGUGGGCUCCACCUUCAUCUUCCUUGGGGGCUAUCUCAACCAAGUACCCGAUCUCCCCUACCCGCCAUGCAUCCAAUCUUGAGCCUGCAUUUGCCCGUGUCCAUUUCCCUUACCCACCUCUGGCAGAGAUUGUGAAAAGCUGCUGGACUGCAACCCCUUCCCACUGCAGACAGUAAAUUUGUGGUUUUGUGAAUUUCCCGAGAAACUGCAUGUGUCCCUUUGGGUAGGUCUGGCUACUGGUCCAGUAGGGGUGGAUGCUGUGGGCGGACCCUUGGUGCCAACCCUCUAGAUAGCAGUUUGCCCUUACUACGGGCUCUGUAGAUCUCUGCCUUUUCUCUCAGCACCGUGACUUUCUAGACCUAUGAGUUCUUAAGUGAUCUUUACUCACUUGCUAGACAGUAGAACAGGGUCCCCACAAAGUGAGGGUUGGGGAUCAACCGCAGCUUCUUUGGCCCCACUUUGCUCAAGGGGAAGAUCACUCACAGGUCUAGGGCCCAGGAUACCCCAGCCAUUCCUCCAUCCUGACAUCUAAGUUUCCUUGGCCCGGUAUCAUACAUCCCACCCUAUGAGACUCACUAACAGAUUAUACACACACUGUUCCUGUCCCAACUCCUGCUGGCUCUCCUUGGUUAUACUCAGGAUUAUGAAAGCAAACACAGUAAUAGUAUGGUACUGGUAGCUCAUGCCUGUAAUACUAGCUACUCAGGAGACUGAGAUCUGAGGAUCAUGGUUCAAAGCCAGUCUGGGU